CGAGCGGACAGCAGAGAUUAGCCAGCGUCGUUGUGGUCGGCGGCGAAGAUGAUGACAGUCAAGAGGAAGAUUUGGAAAAAGAAAAUGACAAGAGCCGGUUUGCAUGACGCUCGAUCGAGCGUCGGAGGCAGAGUAGAUGACGGAGACAUACGAGGGGUAUCGCUCUGGCAUGAUUACACCGGGUAGGGUGACGUUCUUCCCUUCCAAGAUCAUAGGUAUGGAUUCUACUCGGGAACAGAACAUGCAUGUGUCCGGACUUUGGAGAGCAGGAAUGGUCAAAACUCAGGGAAGGUGAAGCGCUGGUGGUGAUCAGAGAAUCAGAGCCAGCGGACAAGCGAUUCCGAGGAAGGAGCAAGGCGAGCUGUGCCAGGAAGCGACGAAGAAGUGACAACAUGUCCUAGACGCAUGUACGUCGAAAAGCGGAGAGCACUGGCAAGAGGAACUAGCAAUGAUGCAACUCGGGCUGACCACACUCAGGCUGGUCGCCAACGCCGAACGUUCUAAUUUCAGCGUCCACAUCAGAUAUCGUGUAAUUCUCUGCUUGCAAAGCGCCGCAUAUAGUCUCUACGAGGACCAGUCGAACAAGGAAGUAAGAAAUUGACGAAGCUGGAGCCGGACAUGG